AGAUUGUACUCGGUGUUGGAAGCGUACCUUGCCAGAAAUUCCAAGAACGGGUCUCUUUACUUGGUUGGUGACCACUACAGUAUCUCGGAUAUCGCAAUCUUCCCAUGGGUCAAUGUUUUUUCCUACCUUGGUAUUGAGAUCACCGAGUAUCCGUUGGUUGCCAAGUGGUUAGAGACGAUUGCCGCCUUACCAGAAGUGAAGAAGGGGUUGACCGUUCCUGCGCCAUAUCCUUCUCGGGGGUGA